AGUCAUCUGAUGUUUAUUUACUUUCAAAAUAUAUACUUACAAUAGGUCAUAUUAUUGUAUAGCAUCGUUCUAUUCUAAUUCAAUCUUUAAAAAAGCUAAAUACAAAUGUGAAAAAAUGAUAAAGCCGGAAUUGGAUGACGAAUCAAUUACUAAAGUUGAUGCCAACACGACAAUUCAGGAGCAAAUUCAGGAGCUUUCAAAACGUUUGCAAAAUGUGAAUGACGAUCUCCAUCAGCAAGUACGUGAAAAACAUGGAGCUCUAUUGCAGCAAGCAAUGCAUGCUGGCCGGUUUGAUGUCGCUCUUAACACCUUGUCUUACGACGUGGAACAAAUACGUACAAUUGGACAUAAAUUAAAAAAUCAAAUAGACAUUCAAUACCAGCAAGUAGAUAAUCAAACGAGGGUUUUGGGACGUUUGCACGAGUUAUCGCACCUUUUACGAUCGGCGGGUACACUACUUUCCCUGACAGUAAAGUUGCGAUCAACAAAGGAUCCACUCAAACAGGCUGAACUUCAUUAUGAACUUGGGCAAUUAAUUGAGGAUGAAGACUUGAAGAAAAUUGAUUUCGUUCAAAACGCCCGAGCUGAAGUAAUAAACUCUCGACAAAAAUUAAGAAAUUUAACACAAAUGCAGCUUGUCACUGGUUUGCAGGAAAGGAGUGAAGCCCAAGUUGUUAAUGCGCUUAAGAUAUUUAAAAACUUCAACUUAUUACAAAAAUCUUUGGAUGACUUAAUUGCGACUUUCAUAUCCGAUUUAGAGCAAUCGCUUCGAGAAUGUUUUGCUGGUACAGACAUAUCGGUAUUACACAAGGGUGUACCAAUAAAUAAAGCUUCGCCUAAGACCAAUCGUGGGCCUGGGAAAACACCUAUGUUAACUACUACCCAAAAUUUCAGAGCAAAAUUUUGGAAAUCUUUACAUUGGUUAUUAUAUGAAGAACUUUAUGAAAUUUGUCAGCAAGUAAUUUUAUUAACAAGUGCUCUGGAUCAAAUUAAACAGUUAGGCUAUGAUACUACUGAAAUAUAUGAUGUACAUAAUCAUGUUUGGCAAGUCGUACAAACGCUACUUCGCAAAUCUUUUUCCGAAUGUCCAGCUCAUGUAACACAAACGUUACAAGAGGGAUUGGCUAAGUUAUUGACGUCUGCCCGUGGCCUUGAAGAACGUUUAAAUGGUGAAUUUAUAUUUGAUACUGAUAUGUUUUCCGCAUUGGAAGUGGGCUACAUAAGCAAAUGCGCCGCAAAUAUGAAAGCUUGCUUGGCUGGCGUCGACAUGCCAUCCAAUGAAACAGUUGACAUUCUUAUAAGAGUAGCAUCUACAGAGUUAAGUGCAGCUCUAAUUGAUGCACGCUUAACAAAUUCAGUGUCUGCUGUGUUUAUUGCUUGUAGUCAAGAGCUUUGCAAAAAAUUGGAAUCGCAAAUAAAAUUAGGUGCCGAUUCGAAACAAGUUGUAGACAUUCCAAAUUACCAACAAACUCAGAAUGUGGUUAUAUCGAAUAUAUUACACUAUCAUAAAGAUUCAGUGCGUCGGAUGUUGGUCGAUUUAGAUGUACAUUUUUCAAAAUCCAAGUCUACUGCCCAACAAGACAUAUUAAAAGCUUUAGACCAAACAAAUAUAUUAAUUGGGACUAUACUACAACAGAUUAUGGACUCCAUUUUUUCAACUAUUAGUAUCAUACUGCUUAGCAUGCAUCGCGAACCAGGACUUAGUUCUGAGAAAAUUUCUACUUCUGGCCCUUCAAUGUACAUGAAAGAACUACAGGAAUUCAUAAGUCGUGUGUGGUCUAAUCACAUAGGUCCUUUUGAAGAUAAAGAGCUGGUUUCGAAAUGCGGUCAAGAAUUGGCCAAACGUUGUAUAGAGUUAUUUAUACACAACAUGAGUAUUUUACGUCCAAUCAGCCAAGCAGGACGCCAGCGUUUGAAAAGUGAUUGUAAUCAUAUGGAAAACGCACUUAAACCGAUUUGCCCGAAUCUACCAGAUUUAGGAAAUCCAGCUCGGUUAUUACGCGCAAUGUCAUUUUUAAUUGUGCAACCACCCGAGGAAUUGGUAAAGCAAAGUGUUGGUGGUGAUUCACUGGUGCCCAGUUACAUCGUAUUGUUUCUAUUAUUUGGUUAUGCUAAUUCGGAACUUCAGAGCCCACACACGACAGCGAAUUGGUCAAACGAACGUUUGAUAGAAUGGUUAGAAGGACAUACAUCAGAUCGUGAAAAGUUAGAAUUAAUAUCUGGAGCGAUACAACGGUAUCGUGAUCAAGUUAGAAGGAAGAAAAUUGAACAAUACGAUGAAGUAUAUCCUUUAAUGGUGGAAUUUUUCGAAAAAUCUUUAAAAUUGUAAAUGAAAAAAUUGAAUUAAAUAAACAAAUAUGUAUGUAAGUUAUAAAUUUAUGAUAAUUAAUUUUUAUGUACUACUAGAAAAUUUGAAUACUAAUGGUCCGAAAAAUUCCAAUUUCA